UUUUUGAUAUUACUCGUUUAUUUUAUUCAAUUUUAACAAAUUUAUCUAUUGAUGCACAAGCAAAAUUUGUACGUAUUUUAUCAAAAUAUACAAAGAAUUUAAAUGAUUAUAUUUCACAUGUACAACAAUAUAUAACUCUACAUACUUUACGUUGGUGUAAUCAUGUACAAAUUGAAUCUGAUAAUGAUGAACUUCUAUCAAGUGAACCAGGAAUGAAAGAAGGAGUCAGUGUAUUACGUCUUCUUUUCUAUGCUAAUCUGCUCAGUAGUCAACGUGAUUCAUUAGAAGUCAUAGAAACUGAACGUAAAAAUUAUGAAAAAAUGGAAAAUGAAUUAGUUAAACGUCGUCAACGAUAUAAUGAUGACGCUAGUGAUAAUGAUGAACAACAUGAAAAUGAACGAAAAUCACCCAGUAGUGAAAGUACUUCUGAACCUUCGACACCUUCAGCAACAACAACAACAACAACAACAACAAAACGUAAAUCAAUCAAUGAAGUAGAUGAAAUCGAAUCACCAUAUGAAAACCUAUUACAAAUAAAACUCGGUCUUAAACCAAAUGAAUAUCGACAUGGUCAACACCCAUUUGAUAUAUUUGUUAAUGAAUAUGCUAAUGAAAAAAUUGAUAUUA